AUGACGUCGCUAGACCACACGGCCUACCCCAACAUCAUCGACACCAUCAUCAAUGCCGCGCCUCUCGCGACACUCCUAGCUCUCCGUGGCACCUGCAGAACCUUCCGCGACCGCAUCGACAGACACAUGUUUUACCACGUCGAGCUCGACAACCUCGAGGGCGGCGAGGUCUGCCUCGUCACUGCCAACACUGCCUUCCAGCCCACGCCUACCCGGCAUCUCCCGUUCCGCGCUUCGCGCGUCCGUGUCGCCGAUCAGGUAUCCCAGACGCCCGCGCCGGUAAUCACCCACAACCCCUUUACCGCGUUCACGAAACUGCACACCCUCCGACGCCGCGAGUACAGCGUCUGGGCCGACGACGCGUUCUGCUUCACCGAGGUGAAGACGCUGGUCGACUUCAUCGAUAUCAAGAUAUAUAUUCCUGACCAUGAGCUUUCGACAAAACUCAUGGCCGACUGCAUCCGCCGAAACGAAAUCGAACGACUCCGCUGCUUAUCUGGGUCCACCGCCCCGGUCAUCCCGAAGCUCUACUCCACAGGGGAACGUCCUACAGGGACGAUCGUCCAGUGCCCACCGCCCAAGAUGCGGCGGUACGUCAUGCACGUGCGCCACGACAAGGCGGAGGAGUCGCUGCCGUCGAGAUUCGGGCAGAUAAUCUACCGUCGCCUGGGCUCGCAUGCGCGUGCGCGCGGCAUUGUGAUCGCAGAGUUUGUGGUCGUGUUCCAUCGGUCACUGGCUCCUCCGCACGACGCGACACGACUGUCAGACCAGAUUGAGAAUUUCAUCAACUGGAUCGUCAGUAGCGACGAGAUGGAGAGGGACUUUAGGCCGGUGAAGACGCCGUUCAUGCGGAAGACGGGGUUCACGCUGGAGACAGCGUACACGAUUGAGACGGAGUUCACGCUCGUGGGUUUCAACACCACUCCUGGCGAGCACAGCCCGGUCCGUGCCCUGCGGAGUACCCGGUGCUUGACGAUGGAACAGUGGUUGGACACCUUGGGCGACCGUCGCGAGAUUGAGGGGACGUGGGGCGGCCCCUCAGUGUACUGA